AUGACCGUGACAAAGAUCUUCGUAACUGGCGGCAGAGGUUACAUUGGCGGAACUGUCGUCGAUCGCCUACUGGAGCAUCCUGACUUCAAGUCCUUCGAAAUCACCGUCCUCACUCAAAGCAUGGAUGCAGCAGAGGCCCUCCACAAGCUCGGAUUGAAGACCAUCAUCGGCGAUUAUUCGAAGUUGGACCUGCUCACCAAGGCGACGUCAGAGACGGAUAUGUCCAUGCAAUGCGCAGAUAAUUACCCGGCGGCUAAAGCGAUCCUGGAUGGGAUGAAGCAGCGCUUCGAGAGCACGAAUACAGCACCCAUCUUGAUCCAUACUAGCGGAACAGGAUUCACCCUCCAAAUGGUAAAUGGAAUGCACAGCAAUCUGGAUAAAGUCGUCAGCGAUCUCGACUCGGACACCAUCGAAGCCAUCCCAGAGGAUGUCUGGCACAGGAACGUCGACAUCCCCAUUGUAAAGGCUGAUGAAGAAGGCUACGUCCGGGCGUACCUGGUCGCUCCGUCCCUCGUUUUCGGAGUGCCAUCUGGGAAGCUUGCCCAACUCGGCGUACAGUAUCUCAAGUCGGGUGCCAACCCGUCCCUGUUCAAGGCGUCCAUCGCUCGAAAGCGGCCUGGCUAUGUUGGGGGAGGGGAGAAUGUAUGGUCUGCGGUCAGUGUGGAUGAUCUCGCUGAUUUAUAUAUGCUCAUUUUCAACGCUGCGCGAACGAGCCCGGACAAAAUUGGACAUGGCCGAGACGGAUUCUACAUUGCAGAGACCUGCGACUACAGACCCAAGGAGAUUAUGAGGACAGUUGGGGAGGUACUUGCAAAGUUAGGACUCGUUGAAGACGCCGAGCCAAACUCAUUCACCGAAUCUGAGGUUGAAGAGCACAUCGGGUCAUUCCUGGGUUCUGUGAUUGCAGGAAACUGCAAGGCGAAAGGAGAGCGCUCCAGGGCAUUGGGAUGGGCACCACUCCACGACAAAGAAGCAUUGUUGAAGAGCGUCGCUGAUGAACUCCAUCUUUAUUUGAAGGAGAAUAACAUUCCGCACUCAUAA